AUGUUUUCAGAAGUUGCGCAUCAACAACAGCAGCACCAUUUUCAACAGUCUUUAUACUCGCCUCGUCAUAAUGAAUCCAAAGACGUACAGUCGGCCCAUUUUGAAAGCUCUCCGCAGCUCAAUCAGCCCAGUCAGAUGCGGCAUGCUACCUUUCGACAAAGGUUGGAGAAGCCUCAUCAAUAUCCUCGUUCACUACGGAGUAGCUUGGCAAUGUCGCAGCAAAUACCACCUCGAACACAGUAUACGUCCACCUCCGAAGCUUCAGAGCACAUGCUUCGACGAAAGACCCCAAAUGGAACCCUGGCAGCAGGAUAUGAUGGGAGUCCUGUCGAGUGGACGAAGAGACCACAUGCGACGAAGCAUCUCUUGUUACCUGUGUCGAAUGCUUCCAGCCAGACAACCUAUCCUUACCCUCUGGCGCAGGGGUUUACCGAACCUUCAGCGCCCCAAAACGCCCACUUCGUCAACUCGAGAGCCGGAGAACAACAACGUGCCCAGAAAUUGAACAGCAAUGUUCCCUCGAAUACGACUGUGCAAGGCGCAAGAUCUAGUGAUGAGGUAAAGGUGGAUUCAGGAUGGAGAUCCAAUAGCGUCCCACCCGCAGGCUUAGACUCCGUCCUGGACCAGUCUUACUCACAUCAUCACCAUUAUAACCUAGCAGGGAGCCAACAUGUUCCAACAGUCUUACAGCCCAUGUGGCCGCCAUGCUUGGGUCCUACCUCCAUACACAGUCCCGGACCUUACGGGCCGUACUGGCCAGACGGUGCUUUUGAGCCCUACCGCCCUGCGCCUCUUCGUGACCCGAGGUUUCAGUAUCAAAAACCCGAACCUACUGUUGACUUGUCUACUCCGCAGCUGCCUGCUGUCAGUCACUAUGGCCAAUGGCUACAAGCCCAUAGCGAUUCUCAAUACACUCAGGUGACCGAUCCUUCGGUCAUACCUGCUUCUGUCCUUGACGAGCGUACACAUGAAAUACUGGCCUCUCCAAACCACGUGCAUGAUAGCGUAAACAACGUAAGUCCUAUAUUCAACAAUCAUGCGGCAGCUACAACGCAGCAGCAACAUAGCAUUCCUCUCGCGUAUCGGAAUAAGCCAUCUGCCUGGAAAGACCAGAGCGCUCGAACAUUUAGCGAGAUCUAUAGUCAUCCAGGGUUAGCAAGUUCUGGAUACUGUACGCCUUCUAUGCCUUCGCAUCACGAUCCAGCGGUAUCAAACAGCAAUGCCCAUUUUAGAGAGAAAGUCCUCAUGUGGGCCCAUCGAAUCUACGGCGGCCUACUCGCCUCCAUUGAACAGACGCGGCGCAAUCCCCCUAACGAGCAGCAUAAUGCUGGGGUACAACAUCAAUCUAGCUGCUCUAUAUACCCUCCACGGCGACCUUACCCAUCCUGGUCGAAUAGCUACGGCCGUAACAAUCGAUCCUGUGACCUAAAUAUAGCAACGCAGGCCUCUCUGAAGGACCAGUAUAGCACUCUUAAUCAACCAUUGGCUUCCAUUCGCGCAGGGAAAUUUUCCUCAGGUGGUCAGGUCUCAGCAUUCCAGCCGUCCUCUGCAAACUGCGCUUCUCUGCCGAGUAACCAGUCUCGACAGCGGUGGCAGUCACAUGACGGACGUUCUCGGUCCUGUGCCCUUGCAAUACAAUCCAGUUAUGUACCGCCUCAUCUUUCUUCGGAUAUGCAUGCGACUUCUCCAUCCGCUGCAGCUAUAUGCGCUAUGGAAAUGCUUAGCAGACUCUGUCAAGAGAGCGGCCUGGAGUGGAUGGAUGGCAUGCUUCUGACAGGUUGUCUCGCGUAUGGAUUGGGUGACUAUAACAAAGCUAUGAAGUGGUAUUUGAAAGUUUUACAACGCGACCCCGACAAUGUAGAGGCCAUGUCGAAUUUGGCGGCCACCUUGCUUGCGCUUAACAGGAGGGAUGAUGCUGAGCAGUAUUGGCUUCGGUCUGUGAAGCUUCGACCCAGCUAUUUUGAAGCCAUUGAGCAUCUUAUCGGUCUUUUGCAUGAAUGUCAUCGCGGAAGGGAAGCGGUGAAAGUCAUCGAAUACGUCGAACACGCUCUUCGAAUCAAUUACGACUCAAAUUUGGCACAAACCCAGCGCAACAUGGUGACUGGCGGUAGCCCUUUCGCCGGCAAAUAUAUUUCGGACAGCUCGGAUCUCGAAGCUAUCGGCGGGUUCGGAUCCAGUGGAUACGCCAUAUCGCCGUCCGAAAAUGGUCGAAUGCUCGCUCUGGUGCAUGGUAAAGGCAAUAUGCUGUAUCAACUCGGAGAUAAUACAGGAGCCGCCAAGGCGUUCGAGGAGGCUAUUCUGAUUGGCGCCGGAAGACGUCACCUCGGCAUUCGAGCUUUAAUCAAACAAGUUUUGGCCGUCUUUUCAGAGCAGCCGCGUUUAGGUAUUGGGAGCCCUCAUGGAAAUUAUGGUGUGGACGAGCCAAUAUUACUUCCACCUGACAUUGCGCUGGAAACCUCACGACUUGUCUUUCCUACACAAGGUCGGCUCCCUGGCCUUGAGGCUGUCCCUGACGGCUUUGGCUACAAGGCAGCAGUGUCAAUAAUCAGUAAUUCUCUCCUCUCUCUUGCCAAAAUCUAUCAGGAUGGAAUGUCUUCUAGCGGAGCUGCGGCCACCGCGCCAAGAGCAACUUCUGGAGUUCAGGAGAUACUGGCACUCUACUAUCUCUCGCUAUCGCUUCAACCCAGCCCGUCGACUGCUAACAACGUCGGCAUCCUUUUGGCCGGUGUCCAGCAAUCAACUCGAUCUAGGUCGACCCUGAAACCUACCGUUUCGCAAACUUCAUCUGUUCCCGGGGUCACGCCUGGUAGUGGGAUUGCUCUAGCACUUGCAUACUACGAUUAUGGCCUGAAGCUUGACUCACACCAUGCUCAUCUGUACACAAACCUUGGCAGCCUCUUCAAAGACAUCGGGCAAUUAAAUGCUGCCAUCAAGAUGUAUGAGAAGGCGGUUGAGUGCGACGGCAAUUUCGAUAUAGCCCUUGCUAAUCUAGCGAAUGCCGUCAAAGAUCAAGGUAAAGUAAGCGAUGCGAUUAAGUACUAUAAGAGAGCUGUCACGUCGAAUCCCGAUUUCGCAGAGGCUGUUUGCGGUCUUGCGAAUGCGCUGAACUCCGUCUGUAGUUGGCGUGGUCGCGGUGGAAUCAAUCAUUUCAUGAACAACCGAGAUCGUUGGCACGUUGACGAGCGUGGCGACCUGUUCGAUUCUAAAAAGGCUUCUGUUCCAAGUUCUGGAUGGAUUGAACGUGUCGUUGCAAUCGUUGAGAAGCAGUUACACGAUGGUGAGGGUUGGGGUAAAGGUGUCCUUCACAGCAUUGGUAUAGAAAAAUUACUUCAGCGAUUGAGCCUGGAAGGCGAAGGUCAGCACCACAGAGGUCUCAGGAGCGCCCUCGAGGGCUGGGCUGGGAAUCAAUGGGAGGGUGCUAAAGUAGUUCGACUGAUCGAACGAGCCACGAGGCAGCUGGUCCGACAGAUCUAUCGGUCUCAGUAUAUUGAAAAACGAUCCAUUCCCUCCAGCCAUCGAAUGCGACCACAGCUGCCCGCAGCUCUGGCAAUUCCCAGCGCCCCGACUGUGCUUCCUUUCCAUACGUUUACCUGCCCUUUGUCUGCGAAGCAGAUUCGCAAGAUCUCUCAACGCAACGGUCUACGGGUUUCAUGCUCCACACUACGGGCUCCUUGGCUCUCUGCUCACGUGUAUGAUCCUCCGGCACCACCUAAGCCGUAUCUUAACGUUGGCUAUAUAUCUUCCGACUUUAAUAAUCAUCCUUUGGCGCAUCUCAUGCAAUCAGUCUUCGGCUUUCAUGACAAACUUCGCGUCAAGGCCUUUUGCUAUGCAACGACUACCAGUGAUGGCUCCGUGCAUCGUCAGCAGAUUGAGCGGGAAGCACCCGUUUUUUACGAUGCAUCUACCUGGUCGAUUGAUCGCGUAGUGAACCAGGUAGCCGCAGACGGCAUUCACAUUCUCAUUAACCUCAAUGGGUAUACCCGAGGCGCAAGGAACGAGGUAUUUGCAGCGCGUCCGGCUCCUAUACAGAUGUCGUUCAUGGGCUUUGCAGGCACGUUGGGCGCCGAAUGGUGCGAUUAUCUGCUCGCGGACAAGAUUGCGGUCCCCCCACAGACACUCAGGCCCUGGCGGGGGAAUGUAGACCUUACAGAUCAGACUCAGGAUGGCAACAACGAGGAUGAUCAUGAUGACUGGGUUUAUGGUGAGAAUAUUAUUUUUACGAGGGACACCUUCUUCUGUUGUGACCAUAGACAAAGCGCUCCGGAUGCCCAAGAACCGCAGCUCAGCUGGCCAGAAGAACAGCGACGGCGAUGGAAGAUGCGCAAGGACUUGUUCCCAACUUUAUCAGAUGAUGCUGUCAUCUUCGGCAACUUCAACCAGCUUUACAAGAUCGAUCCCACUACGUUCAGAACGUGGCUACGCAUCCUGUCCCGCACACCAAAGGCGGUAUUAUGGCUCCUGAGAUUUCCCGACCUCGGUGAGGAGAAUCUCAGAGAAACAGCGUUGCGCUGGGUUGGCGCCGAGGUCGCGUCGCGAAUUAUCUUCACAGACGUUGCGCCAAAGCACCAGCAUAUCUCGCGAGCCCGUGUCUGCGAUCUUUUUCUAGACACGCCAGAAUGCAAUGCCCACACCACCGCUGCAGAUGUGCUCUGGUCCGGCACGCCAUUGCUAACCCUGCCGAGGUAUGAGUAUAAAAUGUGCUCGAGAAUGGCUGCUUCAAUCCUGAGGGGGGCGUUGCCGAAGGACGUUGAAGGCGACAGAGCGGCAGAGGAUUUAAUUACUGAUAGUGACGACGCGUACGAGGAGCAAGGGGUAGAGCUUGGUAGUGACCUUGUGUACCCGGUGGAGGACGGCAAGCAGGGAAUGGGUAGGGGUAGAUUGAUGGAGCUCAGGAAGCUACUCUACGAGAGUCGUCGGACUAGCCCGCUCUUUGAUACUCGACGCUGGGUUCGGGAUUUAGAAUCUGCGUAUUCGGAAGCGUGGCGCAGAUGGGUCAAUGGAGAAGGCGGGGAUAUUUGGUUAUAA